GAGGAAGAUUCCAAUCCUAAUGUUAGCUGGGGUAAAAAGGUCCAGCCUAUAGACUCCAUAUUAGCAGACUGGAAUGAAGAUAUAGAAGCAUUUGAAAUGAUGGAGAAAGAUGAACUAUGACUCACUAAAGAGUCUGGUGCUGCUUGAAGCUUGGCCGCCAUCAUGAACGACACAGUAACUAUCUGGACCAGGAAGUUUAUGACUAACCGACUACUUCAGCGGAAACAGAUGGUCAUUGAUGUUCUUCACCCCGGAAAGGCAACAGUACCUAAGACAGAAAUUCGGGAAAAACUAGCCAAAAUGUACAAGACCACACCAGAUGUCAUAUUUGUGUUUGGAUUCAGAACCCAUUUUGGUGGUGGCAAGACAACUGGCUUUGGCAUGAUACAUGAUUCCUUGGAUUAUGCAAAGAAAAAUGAACCCAAACACAGACUUGCAAGACAUGGCCUGCAUGAGAAGAAAAAGACAUCCAGAAAACAGCGAAAGGAACGCAAGAACAGAAUGAAGAAAGUCAGGGGGACUGCAAAAGCCAAUGUUGGUGCUGGCAAAAAGUGAGCUGGAGAUUGGACAACAGAAGGAGUAAAGAUGCUGCAGUGGCUUUAUCUGGUUGUGCAGAUUUUUCAUGAGAGGAUCAAUAAACUAAGAAUGUUAAAAAAAAAAAAAAAAGAUGAGUAUAUUGAGACCUGAAGUUCUAAGCAUCUCACUCAAAGUCCCACAUUUGGUGACUGGGCAAUGGGAUGGGAGCCCUGGUCUAUUUCCCCGAGCCCAUGCUCCUUUCAACGUACCUUCUCCCUUUCUCUGUCCUUACCCCUUCUCACACCCCCGUUACAGUUUCUGUUCACCUUUUGCUCAGGCAGUACCUUCCCACCUGACCACUUUCUCCCCAUUUGGGGUUGAAGUUUAGAAAUGGUAGCAUCCAUUCUCAGGUUCUCUGGACAUUAAUUCUGGUGUCAGCAUGCCUCCAUUCCCCAAGGACAAUGGACCACUAUUUCAAGAAGAGUUCAAAGGAUCUAAUAGCAUCUCUUGGAAGAUUUCAAGGGGGAGGUUGCCUUUCUUUCCUGGGUAAAAGCAAACUUAAGAGUUCUCUCUACUAAGAGAAGCUAAGUAUUGUAAGGGUAGAGAAUAGUGUCAGCAUCUACCUGCUAGUAAAAUUUAUAGUUCCCAAAGCUUUGCUCUUGAUUUACUCUAAUAAGGUUGGAGGUCUAUAGUGUUCAUCUUCAGUGAAGAAGUAAAUGGGAGGCCACUGAUAGACUCUUGGGGAUUCUCUUAAUUCAUAAAAGAAUGCACUUGUCAUCCCAGAUGACAGAGAAAUGCUUAAGUCAGUGGCAAGAUGGGAGUAUGAAGCUAAACGAAGAAAAAUCUAAGACUGUAUAUAUAUGAUCUCAACUCUGUUGUAUAUGUAGAGAGAGACUCAUUUUUUCAAUAAAGACUUACUGAGCACCUCCUAUGUGCUAGGCGUCAUCUGGGGCAGUAGACAACACAUAGCAAAGAAGAUAAGAAAAUAGUAAAUAAGACAAUGAGUUUAUGAAGAAAAACUUACAGUAAGAGAGGAUAGUGAUGGAAAUCAGCAUGGUGUAGAAUUCUCUAACCAGAAUAUUAACAGUGGUUAUCUCAGGAUUAUAGGCGAUUUCUAUUUCUUUACUUAGAACUUCCUGUGUUUUCCUAAGUUUCCAAAACGAGCAGUAUGAUCUUAAGAAUAAAACAGCCUCGCUCAGUUAAAGGAUAAAAGGGAAAAAGAAAAAUAUCACACCAGAACCCCAUCUUCUGCUUCUGCAUAAUUCAACAAGUCCCUGAUGUGUCAUCGAGCUCUCAUGGAUAUAAGCAGUGAAGGACAGCAGAAUAUGCCACCCCAAAACAUGUCACUUUGGCAAAUUGAUUACUUUGAAUUAAAGUUACUUAAAAAACAGCCAGUGCAAAAAGGACACUCUGACCUUCCUUUGUCCCCUUGAAAAGAGGAAAUAAGUCUGCCAUGUGAAAGGUACCCUCCCUGUACCGGAGGCUAGAGGCAUCCUUAUCACCAGAGGGAAUUUAGGGCCGAGAGGGCAGUUUAACAAACCUUGUUACUUUUUCACUAAUUUGCUACACCAAGUCCAAACCCUUUUGUCUUGCUAAUUCUUCACAAAUGUAUUACUUCCUUGUCUAAAAAGUAUAACAAAGCUGUCUGCUUUGGUCGCUUCUUUGAAUCUUCUAUUUUUAUGGACUCCUGUACAUACAAAAUUAAAUUUGCUUUUCUCUUGUUGAUCUCUCUUAUGUCAAUUUAGUUAUUAGACCAGCCAAAUAACCCAGAAGGGAAGAAGGGGAAAAGAUUUUCUCCUUUACAACAGCAUAUAGCUGGGACUCAAAAGAUUGAUCAGGAGUAUGUGGAAUAGGGAGAAGAGAAGAGGAUCUAAAACAGGGCCCUGAGAUUGCUGGCAUUUAAGGCAAUAGGAGGAAGGGCUUGUAUAAAACAGAAUGAAAAAGGGCAGGUAGAGAGGGAGGAGGAAAAUGAGGACAGAGCAGGGUUACAAAAACCAGAAGAAAAGAUUAUUUCAAGGAGAAAGUUGGCAAAUAAUCUGAAACCCCCAAAGAGUUGGUGCCAGCAAACUUGCUGUGCAAGAAUGUAGGUUCCGUGUGGCUCUAUUGUCUAAUAUUUGAGAAAAGCCAAGAAAACUAGGUGAAAUUGCAUCUUAAACGCCGUUCAGGUUGAAAUAGAUGGGACAACAAAGGCCUCCAGUUUGCAACCUCUGAGCUGGCAGAUCCUUAACCUCCAAAUACCAGUGUGGGAAGAAGACUCCUCCAUUUUCAAGGUACCGUUCACCAAGCUCCAGUUCCAGAAUUAUUAUGUACACCAAAGGCGUCCUCCACUGUUGAGAUUUUCUGGCUUAAUGUUCCAAAUGGUGAUGAUGUGGCUUUCCAGAGAUUACUGGUUUAAUCAAGCAGGUCAAUGGGGGAUAAAAGCCUCAUCCAUUCACUUUCCUAGAAUUCUAAUGUCAAUGAACCUUCUUUGAUGUGAGGCCAUGGAAGUUUCUCUUCUGAAUCCAGUUCAGAUCUCCACUCCAUCAACUGGUUUGGCCAGACUACUGACUCAGCUUCACCCCAACUUCUUCCUUCUGUGGUUCUGGGGGUUCUCUGACUCCCACCCAGGAUACAUCUGUAAGCCUCUGCUCAGCCCUGCAGUGAUUCCUUCAAGUUCCAGCAAUGAUCUCAGAGCACUGGUCCAGUCAGCUCUUCAUUCAUAGGCAGCGUGAUGACUAACACCCUCUAGCAGAGCUCAUCAUAAAAAGAGCUGCCACUCUUUGAAUCCUACCCAGGCAUAAACAGAUACUGGGCACUCCGUAUCAGUGAGUUCUUACCCAUCUGACAACCUCAUGAGAUGUCUGUAAUUUCAUCUUACAAAUCAGGAAAAAUAAGGUUCAGCCAAGUUGACUAGCUUGCCAAAAGGCACAGAGCCAGUUAGAUGGGCCUGGAAUUUGAGUCUAGAUUAAUCUCAAUCAGAUUACUACACAGGCUGCCGUUCCUAACUAUGCACAGUGAUCCACUUGAACCAAGUGUCAUAUGUUGCUAAACAAGCCUGCAUCAGAGAUCCUUAUAAACAACGUUCAACUGCCAACCAGCCAGCCACCGAAGGGAUCUGGGAAUUGAAGGUACUUUGCACUUACCAAAGAGGUGGGAAUAGGAGAAUGGACUGCUUUCAGACUGAAACCUUAUGGUCUCUGAACCAGAAGAUAUUUAUUGGAAACCCAUCAAAAGGUUGGGGAGGCGGGUCUCCCUUCUUUCCAAGGCAACUACCAGUUUCUCUGAUCUUUGGCUCACACAUAUUAUCAUCCCUAGUCAGAAGGGUCAGACCUAGGAGACAUCUAUAAACCAUUCCAAAAAACCACACGAGUGGGUUUACCAGCUCAUCACUGGACUGGGAGUCCCUGGAGAAAACAGAACAGUUUGGCCUAUUCAUUUUUUCCUCCCCUAGACCAGUAUCUGGCUCUUGAAAGGCACUCACUAAACACUUCUGGAGUGAAAGAAAAAUACCCGGUUUGAACAAAUGGACAAACGAAAGAGCUAGGAUUUGCAAUCACUGAGAAAUGUCAAAGAAAUGACGUACCAGCUUUGAAGACAGUGGUAUGAAGAUAAUCCCACGCUAUUUUUUUGUUGGAAGCAGACAUUGUGGGGAACACAACUCAUACAGUGAUCUCAGAGUUUUAGAGCCAAAAGAAUUCUGUUUCCUUUCCAUCAUUGAUUCUCCUCAUUGGACAGAAAAGAAAACAGAAACCAGAGGUGGGAAGUGGCCUGACCAAAACAUAUUCAGGAUGGAGCACCUCUUUAGGUUCUGGUGCAUCUGUUUCAAAGUCAUUUCCCUGCUUCAGAGCCUCGGUACAUUCAUUCCUCUGCAAGUUAACAUUCAGCCAGUGGGAUGAUGACUAACUUCAGAGCUGCCGCUGAGGUGCCUUUGCAAAACUCCAGGGCUCCCCUGAACACGCUUUAAAAGCUACUGACUUAGAUAAUUUAUUAUUUGUUAUUUAAACUUUUAGCACGUUCAGGCAGAAGUGUCUUUUAAUUCCCUGAAAACUGGCUAUUCUCAUUGGCAGCCUUUAUUCUUCUCUUCCAUUCCCGAUAAAUAAACCCAUUAA